AGAUCAGAACAAGUUUCCAAAGCAAACACAAUUAGAAAACACAUUCUCAAAACCCAAACAAAAAUCCUCUGUUGCGUUUCUUUUGUUUCUUUCUAUACUUGCAUCCUCCCUGUUUUCUCUCUAUAAACAAAAUGGCAUCAAAAGCUGAAAGCAAGGCAAUUGGUAUUGAUCUUGGCACUACCUACAGUUGCGUCGGUGUGUGGCAGAAUGAUCGCGUCGAGAUCAUUGCCAAUGAUCAGGGCAACAGGACUACACCUUCCUAUGUUGCUUUCACUGACACCGAGCGGCUCAUUGGUGAUGCUGCCAAGAACCAGGUCGCCUUGAACCCUCAGAACACUGUUUUUGACGCUAAACGCCUUAUUGGUCGUCGUUUCUCUGACCCUUCGGUUCAGGGCGACAUGAAGCAUUGGCCAUUUAAGGUCGUUGCUGGUCCUGGUGACAAGCCUAUGAUCGUGGUUACUUAUAAAGGGGAAGAGAAACAGUUUGCGGCUGAGGAGAUUUCUUCCAUGGUGUUGACUAAGAUGAAGGAGAUUGCCGAGGCUUUUCUGGGUCAUACUGUGAAGAACGCCGUGGUUACGGUUCCUGCCUAUUUCAAUGACUCGCAGAGGCAGGCUACUAAAGAUGCCGGUGCCAUCGCCGGACUUAAUGUCAUGAGGAUUAUCAAUGAGCCGACGGCUGCUGCAAUUGCAUACGGAUUGGAUAAGAAGGGGUCAAGUUCGGGAGAGAAGAACGUCCUGAUUUUCGAUUUGGGAGGUGGGACUUUCGAUGUUUCCCUGUUGACGAUUGAGGAGGGGAUUUUCGAAGUUAAGGCCACCGCCGGUGAUACCCAUCUCGGUGGUGAGGAUUUCGACAACAGGCUCGUGAGUCAUUUCGUUCAAGAGUUCAAGAGGAAGCACAAGAGGGAUAUGAGCUCCAAUGCAAGGGCCUUGAGGAGGCUUAGGACCGCGUGUGAGCGGGCGAAGAGGACUCUGUCUUCAACGACACAGACCACGAUCGAGAUCGACUCGCUCUACGAAGGAAUCGAUUUCUAUGCUACCAUCACAAGAGCCAGAUUUGAAGAAUUGAACAUGGAUUUGUUCAGAAAAUGCAUGGAGCCCGUUGAGAAAUGUCUCCGUGAUGCUAAAAUUGACAAGAGCCAGGUUCAUGAUGUUGUUCUUGUUGGUGGGUCUACUAGGAUUCCUAAAGUGCAGCAACUAUUGCAGGAUUUCUUCAACGGGAAGGAGCUCUGCAAAAGCAUCAACCCCGAUGAAGCGGUCGCUUACGGAGCUGCUGUUCAGGCCGCAAUUCUGAGCGGUGAAGGGAAUGAAAAGGUCCAAGAUUUGCUUCUCCUGGAUGUCACUCCUCUGAGUCAGGGUAUCGAGACUGCCGGUGGUGUAAUGACAGUCUUGAUUCCGAGGAACACUACAAUUCCGACCAAGAAAGAGCAGAUUUUCUCUACUUACUCCGAUAAUCAACCAGGGGUGCUAAUUCAGGUGUAUGAAGGUGAGAGGGCUAGAACCAAGGACAACAACCUGCUUGGCAAAUUCGAGCUCACCGGCAUCCCUCCGGCCCCAAGGGGUGUGCCUCAGAUCAAUGUCUGCUUCGAUAUCGAUGCCAAUGGCAUCUUGAAUGUGUCUGCGGAAGAUAAGACUGCCGGGGUGAAGAACAAGAUCACCAUCACCAACGACAAGGGAAGAUUGAGCAAGGAUGAAAUCGAGAGAUUGGUGCAAGAGGCAGAGAGGUACAAGUCGGAGGAUGAGGAGGUUAAAAAGAAGGUCGAGGCAAAGAAUUCCCUGGAGAAUUACGCAUACAACAUGAGGAACACCGUCAGGGACGAGAAAUUCGCCGGAAAACUUGAUCCAGCAGACAAACAGAAGAUCGAGAAGGCAAUUGAAGAGGCUAUUGAGUGGCUGGAAAGGAAUCAAUUGGCUGAAGUUGAUGAGUUUGAGGACAAGUUGAAAGAAUUGGAGGGCUUGUGCAAUCCAAUCGUUUCAAAGAUGUAUCAGGGCGGCGGUGGAGAUGUGCCAAUGGGUGGCGGUGCUGAGAUGCCCAGCGGCGGGUAUGGCAAGGCCAGUUCUGGCGGCGCCGGGUCAGGGCCAAAGAUUGAAGAAGUUGAUUGAGAAGCAUGAACAGGGUUCUCUAGAAUGCUCUGUUCCUGAAAAGUUUGAGUGAUGCGUGUUGUUUCUUUUCCUGAAUAAUUAGCUAAAAAUGGAUCUUAAGUAAAUUUGUAAUUAAGGUUUCAGAGUUAUCAUUUGCAGAUGUUUCAUGUUUGUUUGAAUACUAGAGAAAUAAGAACUUUUAGUUUUC